AUGGAUGAGCUGUUCGACGCGUUCGAGGCGGCCCCUGCGCCUGCCGCUGCGCCUCGCCCAACCAUGAAUGGCAAUACCGGCGACAAGAAGAACCUGAAGCGUACCGCAAAUGGCAUACUGAAGUCCGAGACCGAUGCGCAUGAUUCAGAGGACGAUAGCGAUGACGGCGAGGUGUCAUCGGACGCAUCGGAUGCAGGCUCGGAGGGCGACAACGAAGCCGAGACCGAACACAAGCGGCCGCGCCUUGAAGAAGAGCCCGAACCCAUCGUUGCCGACACUUUUGAGACUGAACAACAACGAGAGGUUGCCGCUGGAGGCCUUGCAGGCGACUCAGAAGCAGACCGCGUCAUACUAUCCCAUCAAGUUCGCCAUCAGGUUGCUCUGCCACCGGACUAUGCAUACACCCCCAUAUCAGAACACAAGCCGCCCGCCGAACCCGCCAAAACCUACGAGUUCCAGUUGGAUCCCUUUCAGCAGGUUUCGAUAUAUUCGAUACAGCGCAACGAGAGUGUCUUAGUGUCUGCGCAUACGUCGGCAGGGAAGACAGUAGUAGCAGAGUAUGCGAUCGCACAAUGCGUCAAGAACAAUCAGCGGGUCAUCUACACAAGUCCGAUCAAAGCCUUGAGCAACCAGAAGUACCGGGAAUUCCAAGCUGAGUUCGGCGAUGUUGGUUUGAUGACUGGAGAUGUUACCAUCAAUCCUACAGCCACUUGUCUCGUUAUGACGACUGAGAUUUUGCGAUCUAUGCUCUACCGAGGCUCCGAGAUUAUGCGGGAAGUCGGCUGGGUCAUAUUCGAUGAGAUCCACUAUCUGCGUGACAAGACCAGAGGCGUAGUCUGGGAAGAGACGAUCAUUCUGUUGCCUGACAAAGUACGAUAUGUCUUCCUAUCGGCGACAAUACCAAACGCCAUGCAGUUCGCUGAGUGGAUCACCAAAAUUCACAAGCAACCCUGUCACGUUGUCUACACCGACUUCAGACCUACUCCUCUGCAGCAUUACUUCUUUCCGAGUGGCGCCGACGGCAUCAACCUCAUUGUGGACGAGAAGGGUGUCUUCCGAGAAGAGAACUUCCAGAAAUCGAUGAGCACGAUAGCAGAGAAAGAAGGCGACGAUCCAGCCAAUGCGAUGGCGAAGCGAAAAGGCAGGGGCAAAGACAAGAGACUCAACAAGGGUGGUACGAAAGGUCCGUCCGACAUCUGGAAAAUCGUGCGAAUGAUCAUCACCAAGAACUACAACCCUGUCAUUGUCUUCAGUUUCAGCAAGCGAGACUGCGAGGCUCAUGCCCUUCAAAUGGCCUCGAUGGUCUUCAACGACGACAGCGAGAAAGCCAUGGUGCGAAAGGUCUUCGAUAGUGCCCUCGAGACCCUCGCCCCAGAGGACAAAGAGCUGCCACAGAUUCAGCACUUACUACCACUCCUACAACGAGGCAUCGGCAUACACCAUGCAGGUUUGUUGCCCAUACUGAAGGAAACGAUCGAAAUUCUGUUCCAGGAAGGUCUGAUCAAGGUCUUGUUCGCGACCGAGACCUUCUCUAUUGGUCUGAAUAUGCCUGCUAAGACAGUAGUUUUCACCAACGUCCGCAAAUUCGACGGCGUCGCACAGCGAUGGCUGACCGCAUCCGAGUUCAUCCAGAUGUCAGGUCGAGCAGGUCGACGAGGCUUGGACGACCGUGGCAUCGUCAUCAUGAUGAUCAAUCAGCAGAUGGAACCAGAUGUCGCGAAAAGUAUCGUGCGUGGAGAACAGGACAAGCUCAACUCAGCAUUCUAUCUCGGUUACAACAUGGUCCUCAACCUCCUACGAGUCGAGGGCAUCUCACCAGAAUUCAUGCUCGAACACUGCUUUCACCAGUUCCAAUCCCUAGCCAGCGUAUCAGACCUCGAAAAAGAACUCCGAAAGCUCGACGUCGAAAAGCAGGAAAUGAUCAUCGAGGACGAAAACCUCAUCAAGGCCUACUACGAACUCCGCAAACAACUCGACGCUUACGCCGAGGAGAUGCGUAACAUCAUCAUCCACCCGAACUUCUGCCUUCCUUUCAUGCAGCCCGGCCGCCUCGUCCACAUCAAAGACGGCGAGCACGACUUCGGCUGGGGCGCCGUCAUCAAUUUCCUCCGCCGCGAGCCCGACCGCAAUAACCGAGAAGCCACCCUCGCCCCGCAAGAAUCCUGGACCAUCGACGUCGCCCUUGAGUGUGCCGAUUCAGGCCACUCAAUCGGCACCAACGCCUUCAACUCCCUGCCCCCCGGCAUCCGCCCCGCCUCCUCAGACCCCACCUCCAAAUCGUGCGUCGAAGUGGUUCCUGUCCUCCUCAAAUGCGUCCACGGCAUCUCCACCUUCCGCAUCUUCCCGCCCAGAGACCUGACCACCUCCGCCGACCGCGCCAAAAUCCAACGCGCCCUCGCCGAAGUCCAAAAACGCUUCCCCGACGGCAUCCCCAAACUCGACCCCAUCGAGCAGAUGAACAUCACAGACAACACCUUCAAAGACCUCGUCCGCAAGAUCGAAGUCAUGGAGUCGCGCCUCGUCGCUAGCCCCUUACACAACUCCCCAAGACUAGAACGGCUGUGGAACGAAUACGCCGCCAAGGUAGUCGUGACAGAUCGCAUCCGCGAAAUCAAGAAGAAGAUCCAAGACGCGCACGCGAUCCUCCAGCUCGACGAGCUCAAGAACCGCAAGCGCGUGUUGCGGCGGCUGCAGUUCAUCAAUGACGAUGAAGUCGUCCAGCUUAAAGCCCGGGUUGCCUGCCAGAUCUCCACGGGCGACGAGCUCAUGUUGAGCGAACUCCUCUUCAACCGCUUCUUCAACGACUUGUCUCCAGAAGAGAUCGCCGCCGUAUGUUCGUGUUUCGUGUUCGAGGAGCGCGUCAACGAAACACCCGUACUGCCAGACGAGCUGGCGCGGCCGCUGCGGGAGAUUCAGAAGCAGGCGAAGAUUAUCGCGAAAGUGAGUGUCGAGAGUAAGAUGGCGGUCAACGAGGAGGAGUAUGUGCAGGGGUUCAAGUGGCAGUUGAUGCCUGUACUGCUCGCGUGGGCGCAGGGGAAGAGCUUUGGGGAGAUUUGCAAAAUGACAGACGUCUACGAAGGCUCCCUAAUCCGCACGUUCCGCCGCCUCGAGGAACUCCUCCGGCAGAUGGGCGAGGCGUCCAAGGUCAUGGGCAGCGAAGAGCUUGAGAAGAAGUUUGACGAGGCGCUCAAAAAGGUCAGACGCGAUAUUGUUGCGGCGCAGAGUCUGUAUCUGUAG